ACUGGACGGACGGGCAGCGCCGCGGCGGCAUCUCUAGACCACCGCCAAGUCCAAGCCGAAGCCCUACGCUGCCAUGGUGUUCGUGACGCUCAAAUACAUCAUCAUCGGGGACUCGGAGGUGGGCAAGUCGUCGCUGCUGCUGCAGUUCACGGAGCAGCACUUCCAGCCCAUCCACGACCUGACCAUCGGCGUCGAGUUCGGGGCCAAGCUGCUCGAGGUGGACGGGCGCAAGGUGAAGCUCGAGAUCUGGGACACGGCCGGCCAGGAGACCUUCCUCUCCAUCACGCGCAGCUACUACCGGGGCGCGGACGGCGCGCUGCUCGUGUACGACGUGAGCCGCCGCGAGAGCUUCGAGCACCUGGGCCGCUGGCUGCAGGAGUGCCACCAGAACUGCCACAACGACGAGGUCGAGAUCAUGGUCGUGGGCAUGAAGUGCGACGUGGACGAGCGCCAGCGGGAGGUCUCGGAGGACGAGGGCCGCAACUGGGCUGCCGCCCACGGACUCUACUUCAUCGAGGCCUCGGCCAAGACGGCGCUCAACGUCGAGCAGGCCUUCGCGCUCACGGCCACGACCAUCCUGCGCAACUUUGACUACUCCAACCACCAAGUGCGCAAGGCCUCGGGCGCCAGUCGCGUGUCCAUAGAGGCCCCGGCCGAGCACAAACAGACCAAGUCCGAGUGCUGCGGCAGCGGCUGAGAGAGAUAUGGCGUCGCUAGGAACACAAGGAGCCUCGUUGAGUGAGGCCAGGUAGGUAUCUCGUCACUCGUCACCCGUGAGGAGAGAGAGCAAAGCAAAGCGUUGUGUGUUAUGUAUCUCUAUCACUAUGAGCUGACGCCGAGCCGAGCGGCUGACG